AGGUACCAUACUAGUUCGAUCAAAACAAAUGCAAGAAGUCGGUAAGGAGUGUGGUUCUUUUUGACUCAGAAAACAUCCCAAUUUUUAAUCGAUCCAGGCUGAAAAUGGCAGAAAGUUUUCAACAAGAUGCGGCAGGUGCAGUAAUCGAACCACUGGGAAGUUUUGAUCGUCAUCAAGAUUUGCUUUGUGAGGAAAAGAUGUCAUCAUUGAUCAUCGUUUUGAGGAAGAUUUGCGAGAUGGUGAAACAGUGUGAAGUCAUUAGAAAAAACCUUCCAGCAUCAACUCUGAGGACGAUGUGCAGCAUCAUCCAAGGCUGUGUGACUCCUUUCGAUGCAGACGAGGAUGCCCCACUCCUCAGCAAUCCGUCAGUGCUGGAAGCGUGUUCCUGGUGCUUGAGAUGCCUCAGGAAUGCGUGUGUGCAGUCACCACCUAACCAGCAGACUGUAUGGGAUGCAGGAGCAGUGGAUUCCUUGAAGCAGCUGAUCCAGAUCAUCUCCUCGGCGCCGUCUCCCAAGCAGGAGGAGGAGCUAGUCGUCUGCCUGAGAUGUGCUGUACAGCUCCUGGGUAAUCUCAUCAGUGGUCAGGAGGAACUGCAGGGUCUGGCAUGGCAGGCAGUUUUCCCUCAGACUUUACUCUCUGUGUUUCAGUGCGCGGACCCUAAAGCCUCACUGUAUCUCUGCAUGGUCGUCAAUAUGUGCGUGCAAGGAUCGUCACCUAGGGGAUAUGCACAGCAGCUGUGGACCAGUGAUGAUGGCUACCGGUUGGUGGAGGCUGCCGUUGCACUGUGCGAGACAGAGUCCGAGCAGGAUUUUAGUCUACAGCUUUUGCAGAGCCUGAUUGUCAUCCCCGAGUUCAUCCCAGCUGUCUUCAACCGCCUCACCCCACCCUCCAAAAUCAUCCUCCUAGACAUCUUAGCAGCUUACCUAUCCCAUGGCAGCGAUGACUCUGCCUCUCUGCCCGUGGAGGCUGAAGAUGAGGCAAGUGGGCGAAAGGAAUCUUUUCCUUGCCUUCCUGCUGUCGAGUUCUUGGCUCAGGUCUUUGAAGAAGAGGCUGGCUCCGUCUUUGGUCUGGUGUCGGAAGAGCAGUGGGGUAACAUUGAAAAGGACAAGAAACCCCUGUUUGUGAUGAGACUACUCAACACACUGUGUGAGGCAACUGCACAUCCCGAAGCAAGGAAAAUCCUGCAGCAGAGAAUGUCUUUGCUGGAAUGUAGCCUAGGUCUUCUGGAUCGAGCAAAUAGUGCUGGCAAAAAGAGCGGCAACCACUUCACGUCCACGCAGACUCUAGAGGGCGCCAGUGCACAAGCCAAUCCAUUCUUCGGUUUUAAAAGGGACUUGGUUCGUCUGAUCGGCAACAUGUGCCACAGCCACACGGCUAACCAGGACAAGGUGCGAGAGCUCCAUGGUAUCCCAGUCAUACUGGAGCAGUGUAACAUUGACGACAGCAAUCCAUUCAUCAGCCAGUGGGCCAUCUUUGCCAUCCGAAACCUCUGCGACGGCAACCUGCAGAACCAGGCAGUCAUCGCUGAGAUGUCCAACCAGGGAGUGGUCAACAAUGACCAGCUGGAGCAGUACGGCUUCCAGGCCGAGUGCCGCGAGGGCAAGAUGUACUAUCGGCCGUCAAGGAAGAAGUGACGGGUUAAGUGAAUGACAUUCAAAAACAUUAUUUAUUUUCUGCUUGUUUGUCAUGAAUUCCUGUCCUCGGUCCAGACCCAAGGUAUGGUCAGUACUUGCCUCUGAUGAGCGCUGUAAAGAUUUCAGGCUGAGUGCCAUGAGGGCAAGAUGUACUAUCGGCCGUCAAGAAAGAAGUGACGGGUUAAGUGAAUGACAUUCAAAAACAUUAUUUAUUUUCUGAUUGUUUGUCAUGAAUUCCUGUCCUCAUUCCAGACCCAAGGUCUUGGUCAGUACUUGCCUCUGAUGAGCGCUGUAAAGAUUUCAGGCUGAGUGCCAUGAGGGCAAGAUGUACUAUCGGUUGUCAAGGAAGAAGUAGUGGUUUUUGAUUCUAUGCACAAGCACCCACUCAUCAGUGGGUAAAAAUAUAAGUUGUGAGGAAGACUCUUGACUGCAUUGCCGCUGGACCCUUGGUACAACCUGCAUAAAAGCAGAUGUGCUUACUUCACACUAUACACACACAAACCAGCACCUGGUGUGUCCUACACACGUAGCUCUUGUAGACAGGGCCCAAUUUCAUAGAGCUGCUUAAGCACAAAAUUUGCUUAAGCACGAAAAAACAUUGCUUAGUAAAAUCACGUAACCCGCCAAAACUCCAUACGAUGUACAUUGCUUGUGACUGGUAUUUAGCUGUUGUUUACUUAGCAUAACAAUCGAGUGGAGUUUUGGCCGGU